GAUGCCAGCGCUUGAGCGUAUUACGGAGGCGUUGGAUACUUGCGUGCGGCAAGGCAGGUCCGCAGCCUCAAGUGGAUCUCAGGUUUGCUCAGCCGUGCUGGAACAAUGCGGCGAUUCGGACCCUAGCGAUGUGGUCGAAGUAGCAGCGCGUGAGUUGCUGUCACUGGCUUUGGAGCGGCGCGACGAGAUCGAUAUACCCGUUUUGGAGACUGUUCGGUUGUGGUGCUGUGUGUGCCUUUCAAACUGCUAGAAGAUGCGUUGGAUGCUUCGAGCGUAGCGGGUUGUGAGUUCUGGUGGGCCCAGGUAGAGCGCUCCUGCGACGCCCUGACGCACGCAUCUCUAUUCCAGCGAGGGAAAUUUGUGUUGCUGCGACUUUGUAAUUCGCUCCUUCGUCGGCUGUCUCGUACUCGUCACGCAGAACUAUGUGGGAGAGUGCUCCUGUUUCUUGCAGCUGCCUGGCCUAUCUCUGAGAAAAGUGCAGCUGAGGAAAUGGCGCUCUCUAUGGACUGUACUGAAACGGCAACGAACGAGAACGUGCUGGCACAUGACUACGCAACGUACUCCGCUUUUUGGGCUGUUCAAAAAUGGCUCAGUGAUCCAAAUCUUGCGCUUCGGGGUGUCGAGGAACGUAGGGCCUUGUUGGCAAAUAUGGACGCGUGUUGUGCGGCACUCGAAAACACAGCGCCAUCAGAGGACAGCGUCAAAAGGGCACGCGACACGUGGCUUGCUGAACGAGUUAGAAGUGCAAAAAAAAAUGCAUGCGGGUCAUCAAUACAAAGCGCUGACAUUUCGGGAACUAUGCAGCUUGGCAUCGUAACCAUGGGUGCUAAAUAUCUUACUAACUCGCGGCUGCUCCGGAUCCAACUUCGAGACCCCGUUCUAAGGAUGCAGCUUGUUACACAGCUAUAUCUCGUCUUUGAUUACCUGCGGCGCGAGACCGCUAUUGGCAACAAGCCCUCGCCUGGUGCUGAAUUUUUGAGUAAGCCAGAUUGGGCAUUGCCGGUUCUUCUUCGCGUGCGGAAGCUUAUUAUUGCAACUCCACCUAAUGGGCCAGAGCGCCUCAAGUCAUUGGAAGAGGUCAUCGAGCGUGAGGUGAAUUGGUCUACAUGGAAGAGACUAGGAUGUGCACCGUAUGAGAGGCCGUCCCAAUCCAAAGAACAACAAUAUGCCGAGAAGCGCAAACGUGCCCUACAGAGUGAGCGAUACUCUCCGCCCGUGCCCGUUAUACUCUUCAAACGCACCAAGCUCAAGGCUGGUGCCAAGUUAGAUGCACGUGAGAACGAAGGCACGAUGAAGGAUUGCUGUGCGAGGUUAGCAGACGCUGUGCCCUCGAUCGAGGCGUUUCUUGAAGCGUACGAGAUCGCCGAAGACCCAGAGAAUAGCAUUGAAGAAGAAUACCACCCCAAACAUGACAAAGUCUAUUGCUGGCGAGCCCUUAGGCUCGUUGUGGCGAACCACCUCACCUGGUUUGCGGAGAUGCACAAAGCUGAUCUUGACGCCCUGAGCUAUGUGUUUCAUGUAGCUGUGAAGAAGUUACAAGCAAAACGCUCUUCGCUGCAUGCGCACACGACCGGAACUGAUCGCGGCUUAGCCCAAAAACGCUCACUCAGCUUCCCGCCAGCCUGUAUUCCCUUUGGGCAGACACCCAAACUACAGCGACAUACCCGUUUGCAAAGGAUCAACAUAAAACCACUUUUGCGGCCCGUUAUGGCGGCCAAUAUCACCGGAGAAGCUGCUUCAUCAAUUCUCCUGACUCCUCGUGUGAGUCGAGGCGGAAUCUGCCUUGAUUCCGCCUCGAUUCCGCCUUCGAUUCCGCCUCUCGGAACACUGCACCCACGCGCAGCCACGAUGGGUUCGUCGAUUCUGCCUAUUCCGCCUAUUCCGCCUAUUCUGCCUGUUCUGUCGCUUGUGCUCAUGGAGAUUUAUGUGAGCUCUCAUGACUUGGGGCACCGAGUAGGCAGAAUAGGCAGAAUAGGCAGAACAGGUAGAAUAGGCGGAAUCGGCGGAAUGGGCUGGAUCGAGGCCGAAUCGGAGCUGGAUCGAGGCUGGAUGUGCGGAUCUCAAAGCUGCCGCCCCUCGAGGGUUAGGGUCUCGCCUCAAGGGUUACGGCAUGGGUGGUGCACGGAAAGCGCGCGUGCUGCGCCGGACAGCGACGGGAGCGCAAAAAGUCCUGCUGGCGGCGUCCUGCGGCGAGACUGUCGAUCACUGCGACUGCGGGGCGCGUCCCACUCGAUUUUUGCAGCCCUGGGUUUAUAUACCGUGACAGCUGACAUGGGGCAUAUCAUCCCUCUGUAGUCGCCCCGCGGCUGACUUGGGUUCGAAUCUCCCCCGCGCGCGUGACGACGACGACGGCGGCGGCGGCGGCGGCGGUGGCGGCGGCGGCGGCGGCGACCAGCAACCGACCGACCCAGAAAAUAAGUGCUAGGAGCUC